CCGUCAAUUAUCGCUUUUAAAUGUAGAGAACUUCCUUUUGACAAGAGGAAUCUAUAAUCAUAAUAUUUUUAGAACCUACAUUUCUUCCUAAUUCAAAUUUUGCUCUUGUUACAGGUCGGGAAACAUGUCAAAGAAAAUGUCAAGAAUGGCUGCUCGCUCUGGAAAGGACUCAUCUGCGAUGUCUUCAAAUUCAGAAAUGGAGAGUUCAUUUGAUACUGACUGGAGGGAAUCAAGAACGGCUGCACAAUGUGUGUCACAUCUUUGCUUCUCAGAACAUCUUUCUGACAUCAGCUUUACCUUCAGCGACGAUAAAAGUGUGAAACUUCCAGCGCAUAAAUUUGUACUGAGCAUGCGAAGUGAUGUUUUUGAAGCCAUGUUUUAUGGUUCUCUUGCAGAAGGAGGUGAAACGGUGUUAAUCAAAGAUGUCAAUCCUGACGUAAUGAAGACGGUUUUAAGAUUUGUCUACACUGACAAGCCAGAGAUUGACGGAAACAAUGUUUUACCUUGUUUGUAUGCAGCAAAAAAGUACAACUUGUCUGGUCUUGUAAAACAAUGCUCCGACUUUAUUCAAAACAACAUUGACGAGGACAAUGUUUGUCAGAUAAUUGAGGAUGCCAUCUUUUAUCAGAUGAAUCCUCUACAAGAGAGAUGCCUUUUAUUCAUCAUGGAUAACGCAUCUGAAGUCCUUUCUGCUCCAGGUUUUAUAGAACUAUCGCACGCAACAUUGUUGAAUAUUCUCAAACGAGACGAAUUAGCAAGCGAAGAAAUUGAUGUAUUUAAAGCAGCAGUGAAAUGGGCGGAACACAACUGUGAGUCUAAAUCUGGACAAAAAAUGCGCGAUCAACUUGGGGAAGCUUUGUAUCAGAUACGGUUUCCGAAUAUACCAAUAGAAGAUUUUGAGCGAGUUGUUACACCAUCUGGAAUACUAACAAAGAAGGAGAUUGUGGUGUUGUAUCAAUUUAAUGCAACAAAAAGGUCGACACUUUUGGGGAAAUUCAGACAAGAGAAAAGACCUAGAGCACCAGUUACUGUAGACAUGAAUAUGUAUAUUAAACGUCUGGGUCAGGAGGAUGGUUGUUUAUUAGAUAUGCCUGAGUAUGGUUACCGUUUUGAACGACCAGUUGCACUGGCCAAUAGGCAACGGCAUCACAAAGAUAUGGGUCAGUUUGCUGGUUGUGUUUUAAAUAUACAAUGCUAUGAAGACUUUCCUGAACUCAAUAGAUGUAAUUUGGGUAAACGUCAAGUUGAACCAAGAGGCGAGUGUCCACAAUUAAAGUAUGUCACUGGAACGUUUGUCGGUAAGGUAAAAAGAAUCUCUACUAGUGGAGGAAAUGUUACAGAUUAUAAAAUAAAUGGAGAUAAAAUCAUUUUCUUCAAUCCCAUAAACAUAUGUGGCAAUACCGAUGUUGAGUUUCAUUUCAAAGAAGAAGCGGAGGGUCAUUAUCAGAUUGGAUACUUUCAGUCAAGCCAUGUCACAUAUAAUUGUAACAUAUCUGAAAGGAUAAAGGGACGGAAUAUAACCAUCACAAGCAUUCCAGACGGCCUAGAAACCGCCAGUUUUGUUAAGAAAUAAGGAUGCUUACAUAUGCCAUUUCAUAAACAACAUAGAGUUAGCCCAUGAAGAUGAAAUGAGAGUGAAAGGUAACCGUUCGACAUGUUAGGCUGUUUAUUUGUUUAUUAAUAUCUACGUGUACUGCUUUAUAAAUGACCGUGACAUGUUUGAACUACUAAAAUAUUUGUCUAUACACUUAUUAUGCGUGUACCAAUUUGAUAUUGGCAGUGAAAUCUUCUGUAUGUGUUUAAUCGAUUUCGUUUGCCUUGACAACUUCUGUGUAUGUUCCACAAAACAUAUCUUUUAUGUGUAUAUGUAUCUUUAACGUUGUAAUGUUUUGGGGCUUUUGAGUUUGGUUUUUUUUGGGGGGGAGGGGUGACGGGUGUCGGUUUGUCUUUCUUUCUUUCUCUUUUUGAGAGUGGGAGGCAAGGUUUUUUGGUUGCAAAUACGAGUUGAUUAUUUAGUUAUUUCCCCAUACGAAAAUUUAAUAUUGUAAAUAUAGCCCAUAAAAUAAUGUAAAUAUUGUGUAUUGCUCGGGUUAACAUUCCUUGUACUGUUAAGAUAUCUGUAUUUAAGAUAAUAAAUGUGUAUACAACAGCUGAAUAAACUAAUAUUAAACAUA